AUCGAUCAUUGAUCAUUCGGCUCAUUUUAAUUUGUUUUGUUUUUUGGAUCGUGUUUGUGUUUGUUAGUUUGUUUGAUUGUGCGUGUGUGAAUUCUUGAUUUGCCAUCAUCAUCAUGAUGUUUAUCGUUACAUUGACAGCAGUGAUUGGCUUAUGUUAUGGUCAACAACAAUCACUACCAUCAUUGAGUCCAUAUCAAACGCAACAAUUGCCAGUAGCAACGGCAACAACACCAAAACCAUAUUACCCACCAGCACAGGUUCAUUAUGUUAAUAUUGGUGAAGAUUUAGCCGGUGAUUAUAAGUUUGGCUAUGAUACGGGUAAAAAUGGUGCUGGUCAAAGUUUUCGGGAAGAAUCGAGAUUACCUGAUGGUACGGUAAAAGGUGCAUAUGGUUAUAUUGAUGCAGAAGGUAAACAACGUAUUGUUAAAUAUAGUGCCGGUAUUGAAGGAUUUAAAGUUGAAUCGGAUGAAGAAGCACCUGGACAGCCAACUGGUACGGCUGCACGAAAUGCUUCACCACAAGGACAUCCAGCACCUGCUCCCGUUCAAACUUAUUCACCACCGCCAAGACAAGCGGCUCCAUUGCCCGUUUCAGCGCAACCACAGCAACAAUUAUCAUCACCAAUCACAAUAACACGUGGUGAUCCACAAACACUUACAUUACGUACUGUGGCUAAUGAACGACAAUUACCACCCAUUUCGAUUCGAACCUAUGUUGCUGCCAACGAUACAUCGUAUGGCCAAUAUUCGCCAGUCUCAUCAGCAGGUUCUUCAUCAUUGCAACAACAACCAGCUUAUCGUAUCAUAUCAUCAUCAUCGCCUAGUACGCCAUCACUGACCAGUUCACCAUCAGCAGCAAGUCCAUAUCAAGGUUAUACUACGGUAGCACAAACCAGAACAUUUAAUCAACCACAAUACAUAUCGCCAACAUCUCAAUCAUUACAGCCAAUCAUUUCGCCCACUGGCACCAAUCAAUAUUCAUCAUCACAAUCAGCCUAUCAACAGCCAACCAUUCCACCACGAACAACAUCGCCAUCCGCCACAAUGACAUUGUCCGCUCUAUUGGCACACGUUGCACGAUCAUCAUCGAAUCUAAGUAAUUCGGCAACAACUGGCAACACACAGAAUUUAUCAUCAUUACUUCGACAAGCGCAACCUGCAACCGCAUACACAAGUGGUUCACCAUUUUCAACCGCAUCAAUCUAUGGACAACAACCAGCUUCUCUUGUUGGUCAACCACAACAAGCCGAGCAGGAAGCCACCACAUGGGGACCACCAGUCAUUAAUAAAGAAUUAUUAAGCUAUAACAUAGGUGUUCAACAAGGUUGAUCUAAUGCAAAUGUAUAAUGUAUAAUGUUUCUCAUCUCUAUAAAUAUAACAAUAAUAAUAAUUGUCCUUUUAUUUGUUAAA